UUGCCCGCGGCGGUUCCAGGCACCACACUCUCCGCCCGGUCUGCGCCCGCUGUGGCAGUGACAAGCUUCUGCGGCCGACGGUACUGUCCACCCACCAGCAGCGCUCUCUUCUCCCCCUGCUCCCACGAUUUCUGUCUCUGCAGGGGCUCGCCGCCCAGCAGCCGGCGCCGCCCCCUCGUCAACUUUGAGCUGGAGGAGAAGCAACUUUGACAGUGGCCUCAGGUUUCCAGUCCGGCUUCUUCCUGGCAUCAUUAGCCUCGAAAGUCUCUGGGGUUAGGUGGGGCAAGAGUUUCCCGGCGCAUCAGCCUUGAGUCUGCAACCUGUUUCCAGCGAGCGGGAAGCAGGAUUGUGACUGUCAGUCAUCAGGGGGAGGGGGACUUGUUUUUCUUUCCCUUUAGAGACCUCCGCUUGCAACUGGAUAAAGCAGUAGCGAAAGGAUGUAAAUAGGCAGUGCAACUGUUACCAAGAAGGCAACCACCACCCAAAGGCAGGGAGGAGCACAGGGCUUCGUCCGGGCUUCGCCCAGUCGCAACAUUAAUCAACAAUCAGGUGUUGUUGCAACUUUUCAAGGUCAGCCACCGGAGCAGCUGUUCCCUCUCGGAACCUUGGGGGUACACAGAGCUUGGAUUGGUUUUGGCUGAAAUGCACAGGACACCAAACGAGGAAGGAUUGUAGGGGGGAACCCCAAGACCCAUCCCCCACUCUCCCGGUAAUCUCCGGUUCCCCGCUGCCCAGGCGGGGGUGAGUAUGUGACAUGUGUCCAACUCUCCGCAGCAAGUUAGGCAGCAGGUGUUGGUCCUAAGCAAGAGCAGCGGCUGCCAGGUGCGCCCUAGCCAAGCCAUGCGGGCCCGGGGCGCGCCACUCGGUCGCACGUCGCGGCUGCUGCUUCUGCUACUGCUCAAGGUUUCUUCUUUCUCUUCUGCGCUCGCAUUUGUCCCCGCGCCCAGGAAGGAAACUUGUCUGGGGGAGAGCUGCUCACCUAUAUCGAUCCAGCGCCGCAGCAGGGAUGUUUGGGGAUCAGGAAUUUUUGCAAGAGACGUUCUGCGAGCCCGUGCGCCCAGGGAGGAACCAGAGAAAGGGGAGCGCGAUGCGCCCUCCUGGGACCUACGGGCUGCCCGGGGCGGUGACCCAGGUGCAGUCAGAGGGGCGGAGACGUCGGCGGUCGGGCCCUCGGGACCUCCACUUGGCUCCUGGAGGUGGAAAGGUACCCGCGGUCAGGAACCCUCUGGAAAUUUUGGGAGAGGGGACCCAACGGCCCUCCAACUCUUCCUUCAGACCUCAGAGGAGGACGAGAAAAGUCCCAGAAGCUCAGGUAUUUCCCGGCUCAGCCAGGAGCAGAGCGUGAAAACAGAACCCGGAGCCGGCGAUCUUUUCUAUUGGCCAAGAAGAGCAGGGAAACCACUGGGUACCCACCACAAGCCCUCAUCCAAAACAAUCAAUGGACCGGUGGGGCACGAAGGGAGGACAAUUGCACCCCCCGGUAGGGCGCUACCCCAGAAUGGGUCCUCUGGUGAGGGAGUUCAUGAUCGCUGGGGUCCCCGUCGGGGGAACAGCACCAACCGGCGGGUGAGAUUGAAGAACCCCUUCUACCCGCUGACCCAGGAGUCAUAUGGAGCCUACGCAGUCAUGUGUUUAUCAGUGGUGAUCUUUGGGACCGGCAUCAUUGGCAACCUGGCGGUGAUGUGCAUAGUGUGUCACAACUACUACAUGCGGAGCAUCUCCAAUUCCCUCUUGGCCAACCUGGCCUUCUGGGACUUUCUCAUCAUCUUCUUCUGCCUUCCACUUGUCAUUUUCCACGAGCUGACCAAGAAGUGGCUGUUGGAAGAUUUCUCCUGCAAGAUUGUGCCCUAUAUCGAGGUGGCUUCUCUAGGAGUCACUACCUUCACCUUAUGUGCGCUGUGUAUAGACCGCUUCCGCGCUGCCACCAAUGUACAAAUGUACUAUGAGAUGAUCGAAAACUGUUCUUCGACGACUGCCAAACUUGCUGUGAUAUGGGUUGGCGCCCUGCUGCUGGCACUUCCAGAGGUCGUUCUCCGCCAGCUGAGCAAGGAGGAUCUGGGGUUCAGUGGCCGGGCUCCUGCAGAACGAUGUGUCAUAAAGAUCUCUCCCGACUUACCGGACACCAUCUAUGUUUUGGCCCUCACCUAUGACAGCGCGAGACUCUGGUGGUACUUUGGCUGUUACUUUUGUUUACCCACACUUUUCACGAUCACCUGCUCUUUAGUGACUGCAAGGAAAAUCCGCAAAGCAGAGAAAUCCUCUACCCGAGGGAAUAAGCGGCAGAUCCAGUUAGAAAGCCAGAUGAACUGUACGGUGGUGGCGCUGACCAUUCUGUAUGGGUUUUGCAUUAUUCCGGAAAAUAUCUGCAAUAUUGUCACUGCCUACAUGGCCACAGGAGUUUCACAGCAGACGAUGGACCUACUUAAUAUCAUCAGCCAGUUUCUUUUAUUCUUUAAGUCCUGCGUUACCCCUGUUCUCCUCUUUUGUCUCUGCAAACCCUUCAGUCGGGCGUUCAUGGAGUGCUGCUGCUGUUGCUGCGAAGAAUGCAUUCAGAAGUCUUCAACAGUGACCAGUGAUGACAAUGACAACGAGUACACCACGGAGCUGGAACUGUCACCUUUCAGUACCAUACGCCGGGAAAUGUCCACUUUUGCUUCGGUUGGAACUCAUUGCUGAAGGACAGUACUCGGUUUGGUUGGAUAUGCUUAUUUGUUUGGUUUUCAUAUCCUGUGAACGUUUUUACUCCAUAUUUUUCCUUAGGGGAAAAUGUGCAAAAAAAAUUUUAAAAAAAUUAAAAAUAAAAAUAAAAAAAGAAAAAAAGCAAAUAAAGAAAUACAUAUUAA